AUGCCAUUAAUAACGCCAACCCAGGUCUAUGAAUGGGCCCUAAAGGAAAAGGUGAACCCAGACCAUGUAUUUGCCAUUGAUCGUGUACCACCUGAAGUUACACUGGAAAUGUUAGAGAGUAACCUGUCUAAAUACAGACAUUUGGAGGGUGCACAUCUGAUAGCAGAUGAGGGAUCAACCAUGGACGGUUAUGCAGUCCUGCUUUUCAAAGUGAGUGAUCCACUAAAUUCAGAAGUGGGGCCAUAUGCUGUGUUCCCUGUGGGUGAUUUAUCGGUAGGGUGCCCCCUGGUGUACCCCCAGGCUGUUGUUGCCCCCUGGAAAGUUGAAGCACCCAGUCCAGAUGCAGGCUACACCAGUAGAAAAAGGAGGCUGCUGCCGUCACUACCCUGCAAUGUGCAGCACACAGUAAAGCAAGAACCGCUUGUAACUGAGACCAGUGAAGCUAAGGAUGUCAGCAUUUCAGAGCAUCCCUUGACUGACGCAAUAACUCAAAUGACAGAGGCAUUGGCUCAGGGCUUGCAGCUGAGCCACUAUAAAAAGCUAAAGACAUUUUCAGGCACAGAGCCGGUUCCUACAGGGGAAGAGGGGUUUGAGACAUGGAAGGAGUCUGCACUACAAGCGUUAGAUGAGUGGGCCUGCUCAGAACAAACCAAGAGGCAGCGAAUUAUGGAGCAUGUCCGUCCCCCUGCAGCUAGUAUUGUGUUAAAUUUUAAAGCCAGUCACAAAGAUUACAAUGCUAUGGACAUAAUUGAUAUCCUCACUUCAGCAUAUGGGAAGCAUGAGGACCCUGACCAGUUAUUGGCUGACUUUAAACAGAUGAGACAGAAGUCUUCUGAGGAUGUAUCUGCCUUCACCCUCCAUCUAGAGAAUAUGCUGCGGAAUCUCUUGUCAAAAAAAGUGAUUACAGCAGAGGAAGUAGAUACACUACGUCUAAAACAAUUACUAAAGGGGAUGUCCCCAUUCUUCCCCAUGUAUUCCACGUUGCAGAUACUCCUGAGGGAUAAAAGAGAUACCGGCUUUAUUGACCUGAUGAAAGUGAUUAAGCAAGAGGAGGCAACCCUACUCUUUGCUGGUACCUCUUGGGUACCAAAGCAGAACCCCGCUUUACCUACCUCGAAGGAUAUUAAGCUAACUGGAAAGGGUGUACCAUCAAUAACCCCAAUCCGGAAAAGUGCAGACAAUGUCAUGUGGGAAGCCAAGUAG